AUGAAACCUUUCCUUCCAGUUCUGCUGCUAACAUUGCUCUGCAAACUUCCACCAGGAUUUCCUUCUGAGGACAACUCGACUUUUAACUCCUCUUCCUUCAGAGAACUACUCAUCUCAUCAUUCCAAGAGCGCCUUUGGACAGUGAAUAACGGCGGACAGAGACGGACGACUUCCCUGCACUCCAGGCUCAGCUUCAGGUUUAAUUCACACACUGAAUCUCAGGAGAUUUCCAGGGCUGGAGAGGUUUUCCACUCUGCUCUACAAGUCCUGAAAAACAGAGCAGAGAAAAAAUACCAAAGGAAUGUCACAGCAUCUGAACUGCUGUCAUGGGAAGACUUGGAGAUGCUAGCAGAGCUGUCUCAGUGUCCAAAUGAGACAAAUCCAGUCAUCUGUGACGGAGGUCAUCACAGCAAAUACCGCACCGCAUCAGGAGUCUGUAACAACAGGGAACAUCCCGACUGGGGAGCAGCCAACACGGCCUUGGUCCGGUGGCUUCUAGCGGAGUAUGAGGACGGAGAGGAAGAACCCAAAGGCUGGAAUCCAGAACGGCUCCAUAAUGGAUUCCAUCUUCCUCCGCCUCGGAGCAUCAGCAGGGAAAUAAUAAGGAGCUCCUGUAAAUGGACAGAUGAUGACUACUCUCAGCUGCUGGUGGACUGGGGUCAGUACAUAGAUCAUGAUGUAACCUUCACGCCGCAGAGCAUCAGCGGCGCUGCGUUCUGGACGGAUGUGGACUGCAAGAAGACCUGUGAAAACCUGCAUCCUUGUUUUCCCAUUCAGACUGAGGAUUCGCUCUGCAUGCCUUUUCACCGGUCCAGCCCAGACUGCCCAAUCAGGUCCAGGUCUGACAAACUUCAAACACUGCAGAGACAGCAGCUGAAUGCCAUCACAUCCUACCUGGAUGCUUCUCUCGUUUACGGCCAUACUCCACAACUUCAGAGCGCCCUCCGUAAUCUCACUGGGCUCAAUGGAAAACUCGCGAUCAACAACCAAUUCAAGGACCAGCAUGGAAGAGCUUACCUUCCCUUCGUCACUAAGACGCCGUCAGCAUGCCGCACAGAUCAACAGGGAGAAAGAGUGGAGUGUUUCCGGGCUGGAGACAGUCGGGUCAAUGAGGGUCUUGCUCUGAUUGCUUUGCACACUCUGUGGCUCAGGGAGCACAAUCGAAUUGCAGAGAUAUUGAAGUGCAUCAACGAGCACUGGAGCCCUGAGGUGGUGUUCCAAGAAACACGCAAGAUCAUCGGGGCCCUGCACCAGAUAAUAACAAUGAGGGAUUAUGUCCCAAAAAUAAUUGGUGUGCAGUUGUUUGAACGUUACGUGGGACCCUACCGGGGAUACGAUCCAUCUGUGGACGCCUCGGCCUCCAACGUGUUUGCUACUGCAGCGUUCAGGUUUGGUCACGGCACCAUCCCGCCUCUCCUCAGCAGGCUGAACGAGAGCUUCCAGGAACACCAGCACUUUCCCCACCUGAGACUUCACGCGUCUUUCUUCAGUCCUUGGAGGAUCGUUAAAGAAGGUGGUAUCGAACCAACAUUAAGGGGUAUGAUUGGAUCAGCGGCACCAGCUGCUAGUCCAGACUCCCUGUUAGUGGAGGAGGUAACGGAGACGCUGCUGGUCCUGGAUUCCCCACAGCACAUGGAUCUGGCUUCACUGAACCUGCAGAGGGGAAGGGACCACGGACUCCCAGGAUACAAUGAGUGGAGGGAAUUCUGUGGCUUGAUGCGCAUAGCUACACUGGAUGACCUCGCAGAAGCGGUUGGGGAUCGCAGAGUUGCUGAGAAGAUACUUCAUCUUUACAAGCAUCCAAACAACAUCGAUGUUUGGCUCGGGGGACUCGUAGAAACCAUCCUCUCAGGUUCUAGAACCGGUCCGCUGUUUGCCUGUCUGAUCGGAAAGCAAAUGAAGUCUCUCCGUGACGGUGACAGGUUUUGGUGGGAAGCCGAAGGUGUUUUCACUCAGCAACAGAAGGAGGAGCUUUUGAAAUCUUCUCUUUCUCGAAUUAUUUGCGACAACACAGACAUACAGGAGAUCCCUGAAGAUCCCUUCAGGUUUGGUCAGUACCCUGCUGCUUAUGUUCACUGCAGUGAGAUACCGUCCAUGAGGCUGGAGGCCUGGAGAGAGGAGAAGAGUCACGACCUGCAACUGUGUGGCUCUCCAAGGCAGAUCAAGAAUGGAGAUUUUAUAUUUUCCUCCAAAUCUGGCAAAUUGACCGCUCUGUACUCCUGUUACCAUGGUUUCAGAUUAGAGGGUGCCGCUGAAAUAGUUUGUGAAGAAACUGGGUGGAAUGAUGAGCCCCCUCUGUGCACAGUACAUCAAAUUCACCUUGAUCCAGUAAAAGAGAGAGCUGUGGAGAAAACGAAGGAGAUCAUGGUGGACUUCAGGAAGAACCGGUCUAACCACGCUCCACUGCUCAUCAACAGCUCAGCUGUAGAGUUGGUCAGCAGCACCAAAUUCAUCCUAGACACCCUCACCUGGACUGGAAACACCACCUCACUGGUCAAAAGGGCCCAGAAGUACUUGGACCUCCUGGGGAGGAUGAGGAGAGCCCACUUGCCCCCACCCAGCUGUCUCACUGUGUGGUGUGGAGGCUGCAGCGCCUCAGACUGGAAGAAGGCUGUCAGCAUUAACUCCCCUCUCUGCUGCUGCUGCCUCUUCUUUCUGCAGAUUUCUGCAGCAGUUGACACGCUGGUUGCCCAGUUAUCCUGCACAAACAUCAGCCUGCCUGAGGAACGGAUGGAGAAGGUGGAACUGAACCUCAAACAGAUCAUAAAGUCAACCCUACAUGUCUUUCUGGACCUGGGCUCCAAUGGGUCUGGUGUCGACAUCCUGGAUAUCUUUGGGGUCCAGCAGAGCCUAAAACUGGCCAACUUCAGCGACCCUGAGUUCAUCAGGCUGUGGUUCUCCUUGAAGAUGGCUCCUCUUCUGCCCUAUGCUGGUGACAGCUUCUUCAUCCAGUUAGGAAAGCAGAACUUCAGCUGCAGCUCUUUCCAAGAACUGGUGAAGUCUAUGAGUGGAGAAUUUGAUGGGUCUCAGUCGCUGGACGGAAAACUAAUCUACACCAACUUCAUUCGAGUCUUCCUGUUAAGAAACUCUGGAGGUUCAGGCUGUGUCCCAUCUGGCACUGACACCCAAGCUUGGCUGCAGAACAACCUUGGCAUCUUCUUCAGAUUCGUAAGCCUGCAGGAUUUGCAGUUUCUCGCUCCAAAUUUGUCCUCUACUGCAUUUGUGUCGAGCCUCAAUACCUCUCAGGUGGCUGAGUUACUGGUGAGCUCAGAGUCCUCAACCGACACAGCUGUCGUUGAUGUUGUCUUUGAGCGAUUCAAUGGCAGCAAUGCUCUAGAAAAGGUGGAUGAAUUCCUGAAACAGCUGACAAUAAACCUGCAGGUUCCACAAUUCCAACCAGUCGUUCGAGACCGCAUCAUGUUCAGAACCUUCACCAUCAUCAGUGCCCGUCUCCCCAGCUUCAGGACCCAAGACUAUAAUCUGUGGUUCCAUGGCAAACUGAAACUCUUUUUACCGAGUCUCACAGCAGAGAUGCUCCUAAACACAACGUCCGGUAUCAACUGCACAAACUACCACAUUGUUGUGAACGGAUUAGCUGAAGUUUUUGACUCCAUAACCACCCAGAGGGCACAGGAAUUGGCAAACAUUCUGCUGGAUUACCUGAGAAACUCUUCCAGCACCAUCAACGACCCAGGUAGGAAUGGCAGAGAAUUGGAGGUUGCAGAUCUUCUCUCCUUCAAUCAGCUGAGCCAGCUGGCCGCCAUCCCCUCACAGCUCAACGGGACGCAGGACGUAGAAAAAAUCCUGACAUUCAUCAGCGAUUCCAACUUCAGUCUUUUCUUUGACCUCCUCCAGCAAGAAAUCCAAGUUCAGUCCACCAACUACACACAGGAGAUAAAGUCGGCCUUCCUGCAGGGGGUUUUUAAGCAAGGAGUUCUCAGGAAUGCCAGUGAUGAAGAGUUCCUGCUGUGGCUGAAGAUCCGACUGAGGCCGUUCCUGGUCGACCUCUCUCCCAAUCUAGUGACCUCCUUGUUUUCAUCAGGGGAGAAACGGAGAUGUAACAUCACUCAAGAGAUGAUCAAACUGCUUGAUUCUCAACAGACGACCUUCAGCAGCAACACAACAACUGAGAUCUAUGAGAACAUUGUCCGACUCCUUCAAGGUCAGACGCUGUUAAAGUGUUUCGAAGGCGGAAGCUUCUACGUAUUCCUGAGGAGCAGCUUCCUGAGCUUCGGCUUCCCUGAUGUGUCCACGUUCAUCACUCUCCUGCCACCAAACCGAAAGUCUGAGCUUCUAAAUAGCUUCAACACCUCAGAACUUAGUCAGUUCCUCAGUGAGCCUGGAGCGAUCAAUAAUGGAUCAGAUAUCUGCAUCAUCUUCAGCGUCUACAACAACACUGCCUCUUUCCUGGAAGCCGAGGACAUUCCAGAUAAUGUGAAGAGAAGCAUCUUCCCUUGUUUGUGGGAGUUGGCCCUGAGCAGCAACAAUAGAUCUGAGGUGAACUUCUGGUUUGAUCUCUGGUUAAGGGAUUACUUUCAGUUCCUCAACAAGGACCUCAUCAGCUCCAUCGUGGUGCAGAACGCCUCAUGUCUGGCUUUUGAGAAACUGGUGUCUUUCAUGGGAAAUAACUUCACAUACAACAGCUCUGAGUUUGGACGGGAAGACGUUUACAGCAGCAUCAGGAGCUACCUGAGAGCUGGUUCUGAAGCCAGAUGCUACGACCCCACUGAUCCAGAGCUGAACUCCACCUCCUGGUUUUUCAACUACAUCGGCAGCUUUGUGGUGUUCAUCACUUUGGAUGAUCUCACAAGCUUUGUCCCUACCUCUCAGCUGAACAUUUUUCUGGAGGAUCAAUUCAAUCUGGACCUUUUCAGCAACAUAGCCAUCCCGGCUAAUGUCACCAACUUCUACAUCCAGCAGGUUUUUACGUUCAACCCGACCUUCAGCCCCAUCAGGUUUCCAGGCAUUUUUUUGUGCUCCUCGGACAUCCCAAGCCCUUCAUAUUCUUCUCUAAAUCAAAAUGAUACUGUUGUCAUUUUGGACCGACUCGGCUUGUUCUGCAAUGGCACAAACAACCCAGAGAUCGCUGCUACUCUGGCAGCAAACAUCCAAACUUUGACGCUGGAUAUAUUCGGAAAGCUUGGGAAUGCCUGUUCAGGUCUGUCCAUCAGCCAGAUCACCUCAGUGUCCCCAUCAGUGCUGUUGGAGGCUUUGUCCACCCUGAGCUCGGUGACGGACUGGGCGCAGGACCAGGCUCGUAUCAUCCUCCAAAGAUUGCUCAACUCAGACUUUAAGAUCAACUCUGCGGCUGCUCUGCAAUCCCUCGGUACACUCGUUACCGGACUUGCUUCGGAGCUCCUCGAUGGAAUCCAAGUCUUAGAUCUGCUCACCAUCUCCACCAACGUUGAUUUUAUUUCCAACCUGCUGUCGGCCCCCAAGAUCCUUCAGCUGACCUUCGUCAAUAAGAUCAUUUCUUUCGCCAAAGAUCCAAUCAGUCUGCUGACGAACGUCCCUGACCUCCUGGCCUUUGAGAUUCCCUCCUCCCUGCUGGUUUUCCCUGAGGGGACCAUCGACACCAAAUUCCUCAAUGCAAAAAUAUGGACGCCGGAUCAGGCGGUUUUAAUCUUUAAGAAUCUGGCUGUAUCAACCCUGGAUAUCGAGCUGCUCUCUCCAUUUUUGCUGCAAGGCUUCACCUGCACAUCGGUGCAGAAAAUGACCCCGGCUACGAUCAGGCAGUUGAUCCGCGCCACCAGGCCCAGGUUUGGCAUUCCAAAGGUGGCUCUCAAAGAAUCGCAGCUGACCUGCAUGUACAACCUGAUCCGCAACAGCCUAAGUCAGAACUUUGUAGAUUAUCCCUCAGACAUGCUGCUCUUCUUUGACCCUCAAAAUAUCCAGAAGGAGAACUGCAGGUCCUACUUUUCUGCUCUGGGCGCUGCAGACUUUUCUGUGGCCUCCAGCAUUUUGAACAAAGGUCCCCUGCUGUUUGCUGAAGCUGGAUCCUGCCUGGGUAUAAAUAACCUAAGCUUGAGCAGAGAUGUGGUGGAGGUUUUGGGGAACAUGGUCUGCACUCUGGACAAAUCCUACAUAGAGAACUCAGAUCCUCAGAUCCUGGAGAAACUCAAAGCCUGCAAAGACCUCUCUGAGAGCCAAGUGACGGCUGUAGAGACGCUGCUGCUGUCUGGGAAAACUGUAUACGGAAAAGUCAAAUCUUGUGUUUACAGAGACACGAGUGCCUGGAGCGAGCAAACACUGGAGAACCUCGGGACUCUUCCUCUACAUCUCACCAGGAACAUCUGGGGCCGGUUCCAAACUACGGCUAAAAGAAUCUUUCUCAAGACUUUUAUGCCCAACUUGAGGAAAUUAAAAACACAGAAGAUUAAACUCAAGAACCUCUUCAGACAGAUCAUCCCCAUAGUGGCUAAAAGAGCAGCAGGGUGCACUGAGGGCAACAUCACGCAGGUGGUAAUCAGCGACCCGGCCUUCCCCUUCGGCUACGACGAGACCCAGUUUGACCUCUGCCUCGACAUUCCUGUUCUGAAAGAUAACCUCAAUGCUAUCUGUGAGAAAGUGGACGAUGACGAAUUCCAGAAGAUCAUUCUGAAGAAGCUCCUUCAGGCGUAUCCAUCGGGGGUUCCUGAGGACGCAGUGCAGAUGCUCGGCUCAGUGUCUCGUGUUGCUACGCUGGAGGACAUCUCUAAGUGGACCGUCACCAAAGUCGACACUCUAUCGGCUCUUUUUAGGACUGAAGAUGGAAGCUGGGAAAGAGAAAAGAGCAAAGAAAUCAUUGAAAAGUAUCUGAGGACUUCAGGGAACUCUCUGAGCCCCGUUGAGCUAACGAUUAUCGACUCCAACCUGUGCUCGUUAGAAACCAGCACCCUGAGGACCAUUUCUGCUCUCAGUAUCCUAAAUGCUAAGCCUUUAAACUUGGCUUCAUGUUCCGUUGAGCAGAAGAAGAUCCUAUAUGGCACAAGCUCGAAUGCCUUCUUAGUGUAUCGGGCCAGUUUUGUUGACUAUUACAACUUGAUGAAGCCCUAUCUGGGAGGAGCACCUCUGGACGAUGUGGUAAUUUUGGCAUUACAGGACAUCAACAUGGAUGUAGACGUUUUCAGGAGUCUGCGACUUGAUGUGAUCAAAAAUUUGACGGUGAUACAUGUGCGAGGUCUCAUGGGAGACCAGCUCAGAGACCUGAAGCUGUUUGAGAAUGACACCGUGGUUCAGACCUGGGUGAACCUGCAGUUCCAGUCAGAUUUGGACACUCUGGGCAUCGGCCUGAUUAGUAACAGGACCAGACCCACCACUGUGUCUCCAAUACAGGCUACAACCAGCGACGCGGCCGAGUUUCCAAAGACGUCUUUAUUUCUGGCUGCUCUGCUGACAGCCGUGAUACAAAUACUGCAGCGGCGAGCCUAAACAAACUCUUAACUCCUGCUGCCUCCAUACUGCAGGCCAUCAGAGAUGUGAAAGUGUCCUAACUUACUAGUCUUACCUUCUAUCUCUUAUUCUGAGCACAACAGCUGCUGCUCUUUGGCAGAUAACUUCUAUAAGAUUUAAGCAGAAAUUUGGGAAAAUAAAGAAUGUCCAGGCUGAAACCAGGAAUCGUUAUUAAAAUGUAUUUAAACAUUAAUGCCAAAUUUUUCAUAGUUUUAUAUUUAUGACUACAGAUGCCAAGAUCCAAAUCUAUAUGCUAUGAAAUACAUUUUGUUUUUCAGAUCAAAAAGUUAUUUUAUGGUAGCAAAGAUAUAGUUUCCCAAUAAUUAUAAAUAAACAACGAUAAAAUAACUAUUUGAGCUUAUAUGAUGUUGCGUUUUUUUAUUGGUGCCUAAGAUUCUCGCUGCAGUCCCACUAGGUUGGUAGCUGUUCUACUUCUUCUUGUUGCUACACAUAAAAAUUUAUCUGGAAUCUAAACCAUUUAGCUCCUAAAUGUUUAACUAAU